AUGGAGUUUCCUCCGCAGUAUCAACAGCCUCAUGGCCAACAUCCUCACGCUCCUUCACAUUCACAUAUGCCUGGUCCUUACCAAGGUGGUCCCCCAAACCCUGGUGCUCCCGUCGGGUCCAUGGCCUCACCCAACAAUGCCCAGCCCUCCAUGCAACAGACACAUCCCGGUCACCAAACCUCCCCGAUCGUCGCAUCGCAACAGCACUACCAGCAAUCACAGAAUGCGCCUGGAGCCGGUUACGGUGCUCCCGUCGCCAUGCCCCAGGGGUACGGAAUUUCUCCAACCCAGGCAGCCGCGAUGGCCACCGCUGCCGCAUCGGGACAGUUCUACCCGCUCCAUCAGGAUUCCAUGGCUGGCCAGAUGGCCCAGGGACCGCGAGGUUCGCCGCGCAUGGCCGGUGUGCAGAUGAAGCAAGAUCGCAACGCUCGAUCCCCGCCUCAAAUGUCCGGGCAGAUGCCUCCCAUGGGCUCACAGGUCCAGAUGCCUGGCCAACGCCGCAUGAGCCACGUUGGAAGUCCCGGUGUGCAGAGUGCUCAGCCAGUGAUGAGCCAUGUCGGCCGACCCGCCAUCGCAGCUCCUAUGGCCGCCGCGCCAGUCCAGCCUAAUCACUCUUCCCCCGAAAUGGUGGCCAGCACCAACCAGGAGGAAUCUCCUCUCUACGUCAACGCCAAACAAUUCCACCGAAUCCUGAAGCGUCGGGUUGCCCGACAGAAACUCGAGGAGCAACUGCGUCUGACUUCCAAGGGCCGCAAGCCAUACCUGCAUGAGUCGCGACACAACCACGCCAUGCGACGACCCCGUGGCCCAGGUGGCCGCUUCCUGACCGCAGAUGAAGUCGCCGCGAUGGAAAAGAAGGCUGCUGACGGCGAGGAUAUCGGCGACAUUGGCAAACUCGAGAACGGCUCUGGCCAAAAGCGCAAGUCAAGCGAGGUCAACGACAGCCACCUCAACUCGAAAAAGACCAAGACUAGUGCGAGUGCCGAUGGGAGCGAGCAAGAAUCCGCUGAGCCCUCUGAUGAGGAUGGUUGA